CUUCCCGCUCUCCGGCGAAACAGCGCGUGAGGGGGAAAACGCGCUGGCAGGACCCUCGAGUGUGGGGGAAAAGGGGCGGAGCAAGAAGGAAGGAAGAAAGUGCCGGACAGAGGGCGGGAUCGCAGCUCCACCUACCCGCGAAGGGGGACACCCCCUAAGGCGGGCCGAAGGGCUCCGCCCGGUCUCGAGAAAGGGGUCCCCACCUCCCCUCCCCUUGAGCCCGCGGCUCGGGGUAAGGGAAAAGGGGGGGGGAGAUAAGUGGUCUCUGGUGGACAUGCGCACUUUCUGCGAGACCAUUCACGAGGACCCCCUCAGCUCGGACAGGCCGGCAGGAAAUGACGACGGCAGGGAUCGGCCGGGGCUGCUGGGUCUAAGCAAUUCCUGUGCGCCGGGUCCCAAGCUAGGGGGAGAGAGGCCGAGAGCGGGCCGAGACGCCGGCCCCGGGGCCGCCUCCCGAGCUAACAUGGCUGGAGGUUAUGGAGUGAUGGGAGAUGAUGGCUCUAUUGAUUACACUGUUCAUGAAGCCUGGAAUGAGGCCACCAAUGUGUACCUGAUAGUGAUUCUUGUUAGCUUUGGCCUUUUCAUGUAUGCCAGAAGGAAUAAAAGGAAAAUCAUGAGAAUAUUCAGUGUACCUCCUAUGUCAGAAACUUUGACGGAGCCCAACUUCUAUGACACAAUGAGCAAAAUCCGUUUAAGGCAACAACUAGAAAUGUAUUCUAUUUCAAGGAAAUAUGAUUAUCAGCAGCCACAAAACCAGACUGACAGUGUACAACUCUCCCUGGAAUGAAUGAAUGCUUAGCACACUGACAGCACAAAUUAUAUUUUGCUGACAGUUUGGUAGCAAAGUCAGUUCAGAAUUCUUUUUUGCAAAAGCUGAAGAGCCUAAAUUUCUUUGAAUUUAUGUAUAAAAUCAUGUCACUUUUUAAAUGAUUUUUGCCUGUAUAGAUUAUUUCAUUAUUGCAUAAAUGGAAAUGGUACAUCAACUUUGGGUACAGGGUAGCUUGGCAGGAGGAAUACAUUUGAGGAGAUACCACUUUUGUUAAAAAGAGGAUAGUUGUAGCACGUAGUUCAUUUUUCGGUCUUAGGGAAGAACUGGUCAGUCAAAGAUGAAAACGUAUCUUCAGAUUCCUGGCCAUUAACCACAGCUAAUGUGAAAGGGACCCUAUAUGUGGGGUAGUAGAAAGAGAGCUGGAUUUGGAAGUAACUGACCCAAGACCACACCCCACUUCUGCCACUCAGUGCCUGCAUGUCCCUGGGUAAAUAAGUGAACCUCUCCAGGCCUCUGCUUUCUAAAAUAUGAAUGAGAGGAUUGGAUCAGGUGAACCCCCGGGGGCCUUUCCAGGUCUACAACUAUGACCUCAAUCUCAUUUCAGAUAUUUUUUAGAGUUUAAAAAUGGAGGAGAGUUGCUGGCAGAAUUUCUUGGAUUCUGUGUACGUCAUAUUAUUAGUUGAGCGUUAUGCACCCUCAUUUCUAGGAUUUCUUUGUUAGUUUGACCCAACAGCCUCUGCAAAUGAUUGUCUUUUUUAUUGCAUGAUUUUACCUUUUCCUAAUUUUAAAAGUCUUUUUGUGGUUGCUUUUUUCCCUUUUCCUUUGAUUA